CUCGCUCGCUCGCUCACACACACUCUCUCUCCCCUACUCAACCCUCUUCUCUUGCAACCCGCACUCAAAGGGCGUGUCCUGGGAAAUCGAUACGCCGACAAGAGUGCAGCGAGCGCGUGCAUCCCACCCACGCCAAAAGCGGUCCUCCCGCCCGCGCCGACACAAUGUCGAUCUACACCCCCUUCCAGCUCGCCCACGCCAGUCUCCCGGCCCCACUCACGACCACAUCUGGGGUUGCGGCGGAGAUCGCUGUGCCGACGCAGCGCCCGUUCCCUCCGGAAGGAGAUAACGAGAUCUUCAACUCGCCGUUGAAUGCCGACCAUGCGGCCUCGGCGUCGUUCGAGCCACGGACAGCAACCCUCGCGAGGGCACUGGACAACGAGUACACCCUCGAGCUGCGGUCCUUGUCGCCCGUCAUCAACCAGUCUCGCUCGUCGGCCAACCCGCACAUCCUUAGAAUCUUACUCCCCGACCCGCUCCGCCCUCUCACGGAUGGCUGUAUCGUCCCCGACGUCCCCAAUCGUCGCCUCACCAUCAUCGCCCUCACCUACACCAACGUCAUCUUCCGCUUUACUUUCCCUCUGACGGCGUUCAUCGACAAGGGCGACCGCGUGUCAUUCAUCACCAACGACGCCGAGUGGGUCGAGGAGUUUGAGGUCGACAGCGACUUGAUCAGCAGCGCCGGCGGCAUCGGCUCAUGGGCCGUGACCAACGCCAACACUGUCAUUCUCGGAUGCGGGGACGGCGGUAUCAUCAAGGUCGAGCGUGAUAAUCGGUCGACACUGGAAAACCCCAUUUGGUCCGAGUCUCAUCACAAGGGCCACAGCCGUUGGGGCUUCUUUGGCCGUUCCACCGACGAGACGGUGACUUCCAUUGCCGAGUUCGAGUCUGCUGCAGACGACAACCUCCCGGUCUUCUACACCUUCUCCCGCGACUGGAAGUUGAGAACAUGGUCGCUGGCCACUGCACAGAGCCUCAAGUCGAUUGACGUCCGCCCAACUACCGAAUCUGGGUCCCAGCUCACGACUGGCAACCCUGGGCCAGUAACCACAGCCGACACAACGUCGUCGCUCAUCCGUGUCAUCGCACACCCCAACCCGUCGUCAAAGUACUCGCACAUCGUCGUUGUGUUUGUGCCUACGCCCUACAACCCCUCGUCCCCAGGCACAUUUGUCUUCUACCGCGCCUCGAACACUUCCCACCAUGCCAACGACCUCGAGUACGCAGGCGAGCGUUCUGGUGCCCCAUGGUCAGCGGGCAGCCAGCUCCGCGGCUUCGAGGUGCAGCCUCCCACUCGCACGGAUGGCAUUGAUGGCUGGCGUCUGUGGGCCGUGUGGGACACCAAGGGCAGCCUCUCGGCCGACUCGGUGCCGGUGAACGACAUUCUCCAGUUCUCCACCUACAUCAGCCCUCCGGUCAAGCCACGAAUGGUGCUCGAGUGGCAGCGCGUCGACCAUGCCGACAGCGUCGAAGCGUUCGACGCGGCCUACUUCGACAACCUAUUGAGCCUGAGCCCACCUGACCCCACCAACCCUCACGACAACUCGGAUAUUUCCGAAACAUUUGUCCAGCACUUGCUCUACCCCGGCCGCUUUUCUCAGUUAACAUUGACGACCGCACUGGACAACUAUAUCGAUGGCCUCCCCCUCACCACUCGGGAGAAUCUGAAAUCCAGAGCGUUCCCGACGUUGUCACAAAAGUUCAUUGCGGCAGUCGGGUCAGACCUCAAGAUGGAGACGAGCCCUCAGACCGGAGCGCCAGUGGUGGACGCCUACCGCAAGGCGCUCAAGCUCCAGUGGCUUGGAAUUUGGGCGCGUGUGCGGGGUCUCGACAAGCAGGCUCGCUGGCCUGUUGCUACCGCCUCUCUGAAUGGUCAGCUCCUUAUCCUCGACCGCGAGGGUGGCUCUGUGCCCGUCCAAGAAGACUCGUCUGGCGUCCUUGUCCACUUGAGCAAGAACGGCAAGCAGGCUUCCGAGUUCCAAGCCCUUCCCGAGGGUUCGCUCCUGGCAUUCUACCCUUCUCUCGCACCACCCCAGUCUCGCCGAUCUCUGACUGCCCUGGCCAUCGCUGGCCAGCGCAUUGCGGCAGCUCUGGAGAGGACCGAUGAUCUCGACGAGGCGGGUACGGCUUUGGAUGCCUUCACCACGACUGCGAGGAACGACCUCGCUGCCGCGCCAACCGUUCCCGUCGAGGAUAUUGCCGGCGGAUGGUGGGAGAAUGGGGUGGAGCCAUUCCUGAACGACAAUGUUCGUUCCGAGAUCAAGGUUGCCCUUGACGAGAUCUCGUCCUUGCCACGCACGCUUCUGGAGGCGCUUGACGUUCUCGCAGCGGUGCCACCAGUCACAGCAGAGGAGAAGAUUGCCGACGACUGGUCAUUCUCGGGCUUUGGCAACGCACUGUUGUCUUCCACGAUCUCCAAUCUGGUGGCCGCACGCUACACUUUGGCUCUCAACGUCCUCCUUGUCUCGCUCUACUACCUCGCAAACUCGUCGUCUGACGAAGACGACGAGCUCCUCCAGGUUCUCACUCGCGCUCAGGUGACUUUCCAGCGUUACAGUGUGCUGCACUGGCUGGCUGAGCAGACUGGGGAGGAUGCUGCGGAACACAGGGUCAGGCGCAAGCGCACUGGUGCGAGAGAUGAUGUCCACGCCAAGUUUGCCGGUCUCAAUGUUCGCGAUGGUGGUGACGAGGGGUCCGAUGCCGACGGUUACGACCUGGCGUACUCGCUCAUUCACUCUCUCCUGUCCAGAACCCUCCCUCAAGCUGUCCCUGUCGACACUGCCGCCUCUCUCUUUGAUGCGUCCAAUGCUUUCCUGUCCAACCUCAACAUUCUUGGCGAAGACCAAGUUGAUAUUGAGCCUCGCGACGACGACGUCAAGUUGAGUGCCGCGGUUCUCGCCGACGGACACGCCACCACAGCUCGUGACCUCAUCGACCAAUACCCUCCCUCUUCUGGGCAGGCCUACGUUCGCGGCAAGGCCCUCCUCGACAUCGGUAGCGCCGAGGAAGGCGUCCAUGAGCUCCAGUUGGCUGCUGCAGGCUGCCACGAUGGCUCGCUCGCUCCCGUGCUGCCCUCGGCCGUGGGUAGCAACGGCCUCGGCGCCUACUACCGCCACGUGAUGGGCGUUGUGGACGAGUAUGGUCUGCAAGCAGCUGUUGCUGCGUUUGGAGAGCGUGCUCUUGAGGUCGCGCCUCCCAAAGAGGAGUCGACGCGUGACAUCUGGACCCGCGUAUUCCUCGCAUACCUUACUCUGGGCCAGUACGAGGACGCAUACUCAACAUUGACGGCCGCGCCCUUCCCCGAAAUCAAGACGGACCUCGUCUCUCAGCUCAUUUCGACAAUGUGCGAGGCCAACGAGGUUGGACGAUUGAACAAGCUUGGGUUUAUUGGUUUCCAGCAACAGGUGGAGGACCGCCUCAACUACAAGGCUCGCAACUCGGACCCCCUGCGCUUCCCCAACUACUACAAGGUGCUCUACUCAUGGCACAUCUCGCGUGGCGACUACCGCAGCGCCGGAGAAAUCAUGUACGCUCAGGGACGACGCUUUGCCGAGGCCAGCAGCUCCAAGCUGCAGGCGUUUGAGGUGUCGGCGAUGCGUGCGAGAAGUUACCUCACUGCAAUCAACGCACUGUCGCUGGUGGACAAGCGCAACGCCUGGAUUUCUGUCACCGCGUCGCCCGAGUCUGUUAGGUCUCAGAAGCGCCGCAAGGUCACGUCGUACAUCCCAGAGGACGAGUUUUCCGUGGACAACAAGGCGGUCAACAUCAUUACUCUGGCUGAUAUCCAAGCCGAGUACACUGCUGUGCUUUCGCAGCUUCGCCUCUCGUCGUACAUCCCCGACCUACACGAGCACGGCGUGUCGUUGACGCCAGAGGAGAUUGUUGGCUUCUUCACUCAGCGCAGCCUGUUUGACCUCGCGCUGUCAUCUGCAGCGGACAUGGGUGUCGACAUGACCGACGUCUUCCAGACCCUUGCGACCCGGUGCGUCGAGUUGGCCCGGGUGCCGUCCAUGGCUGCCGACAACCCAGCCGCGGCGUUCCUCUCUACGUCUCCUGUCACUGCCCGGCUCCGGGGACCUCCUUCGGCCCUGGCUCUCAGAUAUCUGGAGGUGGCUUUGGAUCGCCGUGACGGCCCAUCAACGCGGUACAAGUACCGCGACACUGUGACGAACACGUUCUUCGAGCUCAACGAGGACGCCCGGUCCGGCUGGCAGAUGCCUGUCUGGCUGGUGGAGCACGAGCUGAAGCGGGAUGCCGAGGGCUGGAUCUCGCGGGCUGUCGACAAGGGCUGGGUCAAGGAGGCGGUCGAGUGGACCGCCGAGGUGCUCCGCCGGGCUCAGCCACCAGACCUUUUGCCUGCUGGCAAGGAGUUUGCAGCGGACAUUCCCUACAACCUUGUUGACCGGGUGCUCGCGGCUGCGGGCCAGGGAGAGGAGAAGAAUGACGCCGCGCUGCAGGCUGCGGCCAAGGCGCUGCGUGGGGUUGUUGACCGGCGCGUGACGGGCCUGAAGGGCCUGAGGCAGUAGGGCAGUAGAUUUUAGCAUAACGAGUCGCAUAGUAUUCUGCAUGUCAUUGAGG